AUGUUAAUUGAUGAUUUAUCAACUGCAUAUUGUCAAAGCCGUCCACUUCACAAGCAAACGUCAGUAUCAUCCAUCAUGAUUCGUCAAAAUGAAAACCUAUUAGUACCAUUUCAAUCAUCUUGUCCAAAAUGUAAUCAAAGUUUGGAUGCAUCAGAUGCCAUCCAGAGACGAGUUCGUUUAUACUGUCAAAAUGGUUCUGUCGUUACUGUUAUAAUAUAUCCAAACUUUAGUCGCAUCAAUCAACGUAAUAUUUAUACCCAUCAAAGUUUACACCAUGGUAAAUAUGUAUAUUUGGGUGGUGAUGUUGCAAUUGAACGUUCUAUUAUUGACAAAUAUACUGCACAAAUUAUUCAUCACGACUUUUCUAUGAUCGGAACAGCAGCUAGUUUGAAUCAAGAAGCAUUUAAUCUUGGCUAUUAUCAAUUCGCACUUAUUGAGCGACGUUUAUUAAGUAACAUUAUUCAUGCAUAUCUCAUUAUUCAACUUGAUUUAUCAAUGGGUUAUGCUUGUGUAUCGACUCCUUGUUCUUUAGAAGAUUUUAGUCAAUGGGCUUGGGAACAAUUUCCACGUCUUCUAACCUGUUUCAUUUAUUUAUGGACAAAUCAUCGUACUUUAAUUGGCUCUUGUGGCGAACAUUGUUCAAAAUGUCUAAUUGUGGAUGGUCACCAAAAAGUCCGACGUCGUAUUUGUGCUUUUAAAGACGUCAAAGUGGAAACAGAAGAAAUCAAAGAACUUGUGAUCGGAUGUUGUCGAACUCCUCUUCGCCGUUCUCGAUUCUGUCAACUUCAUAAUCAAGAAACAAUGGCUUCUGCAAUUCCUAAAGUUCGCGGCGUCUCUCUUUGUCACUUGGCUGAUAAUACAUUUCAAUAUUCUCCAACUUAUCAACAGAGCCUUGCGAUUUCUAUCGAUGAAAAUUCGACUCAUGCAUUAGAUUUUAAUCAAUUGAACUUACCUAAGGGACCCACAGAUUGGGAUACUAAAUUGCGAGAUAUUAUGUGUAAAAAGAAUUAA